UUCUGAGCUGAGUGUUUCCUGAGACCUCUCUUUGCUAUACAAAUAUAUACUUGUGCGUAGAAAUUAACAUCAACACAUACGCAUAAAAGAUGGCUGAGCUGAACAAGAUUUUGUCAGACGCUAAGAACGCGGUGGAGACUGUGAUGGACAUUUUUGAGAAAGGAUCUGACAUUGUAAAACUCUUCAAUGGGGAGUUAUUGCCUAUUUUCUCUGGCGCUGUUCAGAUGGUGAAAGAUUUGCUGAAUGGGGUGGAGAGCACAGUGGCUGAUGAGGUAAAGGGGCAGUUUGACAGGUUCUCCAAGCAUCUGGAUGUGAUCUCAGAUGAUGUGAAACGCAUCAACGAGGAGAUCAAAAAGAGCAUGCUAGAUCUGGGUUUUACCUCAAAGGAAGAAAACAUCAGACAUCAGUUCAGAAUGUACAUGGAAUUCGUCAUUGCCAAACCUGAGUUCAGAGAAGUCAAGAAAGAGCAGUUCCUCAUUCAGUUUUCCAGCAGCGAAGGGGAGAAAAACCUAAACCUCCUUUACAGCCUUUUGGUUGGAGAUUACAAUGGGAAACCUUUGCUAGAGACCAUCCUGACCUACGAGGAGAACAGCAGGCGUUCAGUUGAGGAGUACUGCGCCCGGUUGAUAAAUCUGCUCUGCAUCGGGAUCAUUGCACUGGUGGGUCACGCUGCUGUGAGUGGCAACGGCGAGGAGGAAAAACUUCUGAAAGAGUGGGGCGAGAAGACGACAACUGUCCAGAAGAGGAUGAGUGCUGCCGUUGAAGAAUGCAUUGCUAGCUUUCCAAGUCAAGCCAAGAGUGAUUGUGAGCGACUGGUGAUGCAGAACGGGGACAGCAGCCCACAGCAGCUGGCUGAUACCCUCAUAGAGAUGCUAAAGAAAAAGUACGACUGGGUGAGCUGGUCUGUUCGUGUUUACAUCCUCAAUGAGGGAUUCUUCGAGAAGACAACAUCUGAAGAAAUCAAAGGGCAGCAUUCCUUCCAGGUGACGGGGACAAAGGAAAAUACCAAAAUCUGGGUGUCCUACAGCGAUUCUCCUGAGCCCUUGGACAAGAACCUCAUCCAGCAGCUUAUCCAGAGUCAGAAGAAAGUAGCUGAAAAUCUCUUUGAGAAACUACCAGGAGGCUGCAUGGUUCAUACAGUCAAAAAUGGUAAAGAUGUGGCCUGUUCCACGAGCUUCUCAGACGAACAACACUACUGGGAGAAGCAUAAAAAUCUCCACGUCUGUGUUCACUCUGCCUAAAGCUUAGAGACACACUCUCUAUUGUUUGAUCUUCACAAAGAAUUCUUCAAAUUUGAGAUAAAAAACAGCUUCAUUACUUAGACAUGUCAGGACAAACGCUGGCAUGAAAGGCCAUAUUUUCCGUGACGGUUGGAACUGUUUUGUUAUAGUGUAAUAUGUCGGGAAGGGAACGGGUUCUGGGACGAAGACUCUUGGAGUUCUGCCAAACAUGAAAGUGUAUUUUGACUCUGAGCUUGACAAAUAUUUAAGUUUCUCUAUUCUGCUCUAAAGUGUCAAAAUUGUUUUUCACUAAACUGUCAAUAUAUUUUUUACUGGUUAUUUGGUCUGUUUGCUUUAAGAUGUUUUGAUCAAAUUAUUUGUCAUUCAUCAGUUUUGUUAAUUUAAUUGGAAAAACAAAAAAUAUAAAUCAGAAGAACAUUUGUUUGUGGGUUUGGGUCGUUUUGUCCAGAUUCUGUUUUUAAUGCAGGAACUGAAAUAAACAAUAAACAA